AUGAACAAUACUCUGUAUCAGUAUCAGAUCGACAGAGGCUUAAUCUCACCAAAUAAAAUACUACUUUUUGUCUUAUUUCCACUUGGAGUAGCUUUAUUUAUAUAUUGGUAUUUCCAGGGGUCUCAAAAGGAGGUACCUCAGAGAUCUGGAAAGACUGGAAUUAAGAAAUGUUACAAAUUAUCAGAUAUCGUUCCUGUGGACCAAAAUUUUCAAUGGGAUACUAGCGAGCCCAUCAAGUCUUUACCCUUCAAAAACGGGCCAUACAAGUUGACCAUGGGAAUAAGGUCUCUUGACAUUCAAGACUGGCUUUUGAUCGGGCCAUCGUACUUGAAUAUGAUAAAUAAUAAGAAAAAAAUAGUAACAAACAAUCACCCAGAUUAUCCUGCUGACAAAGACUUAGCGAAGAAUACAGUCUUUUUAACUGCUGAGGCAGUACCAGCUAUCAGAGAGUUUUACCUGACUGUUGUUGAAUACCUUUGCAGAAAGUAUCCUAUGAUUUUCGAGAAGGGGAAUGAUGUUGUCUAUAACCGUAUUACUGGAGAUCGGAUCCCUUUGGUUGCCGAUGGCAAAGAAGAAUACAAGCAGUAUUUGAUUUAUUUGGCCAGAACAAUAGAGGAAGAUUUUAUCAUUCUUUUAAAAGAUCCGUCUCGAGAGAGUGAAGAAAAUGGCACCGAAUAUUAUUUCAAGGGCGGAGUUUUUGCAUUUGCUGCUGGUUUUAAUCCAAGGGAUAGAUUUGACACUCCUUUAUCGUUCAUUCAUCAUCCUAUCCCAGGAUAUGAGCAGAAAUUGAAAUUAUCAAUGAAUAGGUUUUUCGAUAAAAUCGAGCCAGGGCAAUUUGUUACUAGAAAUAAUUUUUCUGUUCAGACCCACAAUAAACUUUAUGUAGAUGAUAACAAUAAGGGCCAUAACCUAGGUAAGGAUGAAAUCCAGGAGCCUCUUGAUAUUAAAGAUUUAGAUUUUGAUAAACAAGUUCAUUAUCGAAGUGAAAGACAAGUCUUGACCAAAUUGUCAGAAUCGGGUGCUGUGAUAUUUACAAUUAGAACGUAUCUUAUGCCAAUGUCUGACCUUAAAAGAGAAGGGCCAGAGGUCUGUGAACGAUUUAUCGGAGCCAUUAAUGGGUUACCUGACGAUAUUGCCUAUUACAAGAGAGCUAAGGAAUGGGGCCCACCAGUGAUAGAAUAUUUACUGCAACCGUUUUAA